AUGGAUGGAAAGGCGGGCGUGGAGGCUCAUGCAAUCCACUUCCGGAAGGCUAUUACACUUAUGCGUGAGCAUAAGUUGUUCGCGAACCUCAAGAAGUGUAUAUUCGCAGCGAACGAAAUACCGCUUCUUGGCUGCAUCGUGGGUAAACACGGCGUACGCCCUGAUCCAGAAAAGAUCAAGUCGAUUAGCGACUGGCCUGUGCCAGCCGACGUCAAGGGACUUCGAAAGUUCCUUGGCUUGGCGGCGUGCUUGCACAAAUACUCGCGCAACUAUGCCGAGAUGACCGUACAUCUCUCUCGUCUGCUAAAGAAAAACGAGAGGUGGUCAUGGAGUGCUGAGUGUCAGCACUCUUUUGAAGGCAUCAAGAAAAGCUUGGUGCCAUCGCCUGUGUUGGCGAUUGCAGACCAGGUCAGACAAUUCCGUGUGGUCUGUGACGCCAGCAAUUUUGCAAUCGGCUGCGCGUUAGUGCAGUACGACUGA